AUGAGCUUAGAAAAUGACGAAAAGAGAGCUCGUACAAGAUCCAAGGCCCUCCGAGCUCCCCCAGAGCCCACAGGUGCCGACCUCAGCUGUCCCACUCCCGGAUGCACGGGCUCGGGACAUAUCCGGGGCAAGUACUCCAGGCACCGAAGUUUGCUGAGCUGCCCUCUGGCCAAGAAGAGGAAGCUGGAGGGCGCCGAGGCCGAGCACCUGGGGUCCAGGCGGAAGGCGCAGCCCCUGAAGCUGGCUCUGGACGAGGGCUAUGGCGUGGAGAGCGACGGCAGCGAGGACGCCGAGGUGAAGGGCGCCUCUGUUUCUGGUGAAUCGGAAGGAACUGCGGAGGAGGACGAGGCCGCGGCAUCAGGACAGGAGGACAUUCAUCGCCCCGAGCCAGCUGAAGGAAGGAGCCCCGUCAAGGCUCGUUUCGGAUCCAAUCCCAUCAGCAGCCUCACGGGCCCCUCCAAGGGCAGCUACAGCAGCUAUCAGGAGAUCAUUGCAACUUCUCUCCUAAACUUGGGCCAAAUCGCUGAAGAGACACUGGUCGGGGCAGACUCGGGCCAGGGGGCCAAGCCGGGCGCUGGCAUUGUGCGCCUGGUGCGGGAGGAGGCUGAGGAAGGAGCCACCAGCGACGAGGGGGAGAAGGACGUCUUCAUCCAGCCGGAGGACGCAGAGGAGGUGAUCGAAGUCACCAGUGAGCGCUCCCAGGAGCUGUGUCCCCAGUCCCUGGAGGGCGUGGCCAGCGAGGUGUCCAGCAAGCAGAGGGUGGCCCUGGGCAAUGAGGACGAGGACGAGGACGAGGACGAGGAUGAGGCCCCUCCUGACGUGAUCUGCCAGGACGGGGCCCCCCACGCCCCCCCACCGAAGGCCUCUGAGCCCCGGCGCCCGGCGCCUCCCAGCCCCAAGCCCGCGUUCUCCGUCCUCGUGGAAGUGCGCUCCGACGACGAUGGCAAGGACGAGGACUCGAGGUCCCAGAAGUCCACAGUCACGGACGAGUCGGAGAUGUACGACAUGAUGACCCGCGGGAACCUGGGCCUCCUGGAGCAGGCCAUCGCCCUGAAGGCCGAGCAGGUGCGGGCCGUCCGCGAGCCGGGCUGCCCACCCGCUGAGCAAGGCCCGCCGGGCCCGGGCGAGCCGGGGAAGGCGGCGAGGCCCCUGGACGCCACCCGGAAGAGCUACUGCAGCAAAGAUCCCGCAAGAGCUGAGAAGCGUGAGAUCAAGUGUCCGACCCCAGGCUGUGACGGCACCGGCCACGUCACUGGGCUGUACCCGCACCACCGCAGCCUGUCUGGCUGCCCCCACAAGGACAGGAUCCCCCCGGAGAUAUUGGCCAUGCAUGAGAACGUGCUCAAGUGCCCCACUCCUGGCUGCACAGGCCAGGGCCACGUGAACAGCAACCGUAACACGCACAGAAGUUUGUCUGGGUGUCCCAUUGCUGCUGCCGAAAAAUUAGCCAAAUCUCAUGAGAAGCAACAGCCACAGACGGGAGAUCCUUCCAAGAAUAGCUCCAAUUCGGAUCGGAUCCUCAGGCCCAUGUGCUUCGUGAAGCAGCUUGAGGUCCCUCCGUACGGAAGCCACCGGCCCAGCGUGGCCUCCACCACACCCAGGGCCAACCUGGCCAAGGAGCUGGAGAAGUUCUCCAAGGUCACCUUCGACUACGCAAGUUUUGACGCUCAGGUUUUUGGCAGGCGCGUGCUUGCCCCAAAGAUUCAGACCAGCGAAACCUCACCGAAAGCCUUUAAAUGCUUCGACUACGCCCACGACGCGGAGGCCGCACACAUGGCCGCCACGGCCAUCCUGAACCUCUCCACGCGCUGCUGGGAGAUGCCCGAGAACCUCAGCACGAAGCCACAGGACCCGCCCAGCAAGGCCACGGACAUCGAGGUGGAUGAGAACGGAACCCUGGACUUGAGCAUGCGCAGACACCGCAGGCGGGAGAACGCUUUCCCCGGCGGCGGCGGCGGCGGCGGCGGCGGCCCCGGCGUGGCCUCACCUGAUGCCUCCCAGGGCCAGAGCGUCCCCGGUGCCCCCAGCAGCUCCGUGACCUCGGCCCCGUCCAGCCACGCCUGCCGCCAGGACGAGUGGGACCGGCCCCUGGACUACACCAAGCCCAGCCGCCAGCGAGAGGAGGAACCUGAGGAGUCAGAGCCAGCAGCCCAUUCUUUUGCUUCUUCUGAAGCAGAUGACCAGGAAGUGUCGGAGGAGAAUUUUGAGGAGCGGAAGUACCCCGGGGAGGUCACCCUGGCCAACUUUAAGCUGAAGUUUCUCUCCAAGGACAUAAAGAAGGAGCUGCUCACCUGCCCCACCCCCGGCUGUGACGGCAGUGGCCACAUCACUGGGAACUAUGCUUCCCACCGCAGCCUCUCUGGUUGCCCUCUUGCUGACAAGAGCCUCAGAAACCUCAUGGCUGCCCAUUCUGCUGACCUCAAGUGCCCCACACCCGGCUGCGACGGCUCCGGCCACAUAACGGGGAACUACGCAUCGCACCGGAGCUUGUCAGGCUGCCCUCGUGCCAAGAAAAGUGGAGCCAAGGCUACACCCACGAAGGAUGACAAGGAAGACCCUGAGCUGAUGAAGUGCCCAGUUCCAGGCUGCGUGGGGCUUGGUCACAUCAGCGGCAAAUACGCCUCUCACAGAAGUGCGUCGGGCUGCCCUCUGGCCGCCCGAAGGCAGAAAGAGGGCUCCCUCAACGGCUCAUCCGCCUCCUGGAAGCCCCUGAAGAACGAGGGGCCCACCUGCCCCACCCCAGGCUGCGACGGCUCCGGCCACGCCAACGGGAGCUUCCUCACCCACAGGAGCUUGUCUGGCUGUCCCAGAGCGACCUUUGCUGGAAAGAAGGGAAAAGUCUCAGGGGAUGAGCUUCUCGGCACGAAAUUCAAGACGAGUGAUGUGCUGGACAACGACGAGGAGAUCAAGCAGCUGAACCAGGAGAUUCGCGACCUGAAUGAGUCCAACUCCGAGAUGGAGGCCGCCAUGGUGCAGCUGCAGUCCCAGAUCUCGUCCAUGGAGAAGAGCCUGAAGAACAUCGAGCAGGAGAACAAGCUCAUAGAGGAGCAGAACGAAGCCCUGUUUCUGGAGCUGUCCGGCCUGAGCCAAGCCCUCAUCCAAAGUCUUGCCAACAUCCGCCUUCCGCACAUGGAGCCAAUAUGCGAACAGAAUUUUGAUGCCUAUGUAAGCACGCUCACCGACAUGUACUCCAACCAGGAGUGCUACCAGGACCCCGAGAACAAGGACCUACUCGAGAGCAUCAAGCAGGCCGUGAGGGGCAUCCAGGUGUAGUCCUCCUCAUCCGAGGGGCCAUCGUGCUGAGCCGGGGCACCUGGGGUACCCCGACCUGCCUCCAUCUUUUACCUCCCUUGCCCUGCCCUCCCAGUGGAGAUUCCCAACUCACAGUGACUUCUAGUUGGCAGCCCAGGGCGGCCUCGGGGGGUUUACCCAGAGGGGUGCCUGGAAAUGCGUGUCUCCCUCGAUGCGAUGCGCUCGCCGGGCCAGAGGCCUUGACCUCUCCACACGAGUGCGGGGCGUGAAGUGUGACAAAGUGAUUUAUUUUUGCUUCUGAAAGCUCGACGUCUCCAGGGGAAACUCAAGGACAAGGUUCUCAGGGAAGUUUUGGAGCUGCAACCUCAGUACUCCUUUGUCUGUCAAGGCCGAGAGGGCAGCCCGGCCGGGCGGUGGUGCGUGUGACGAGUCGGCCUGGAGCGGCCAGUGCGCCUGCGCGGUGAGGCCGCGUGGCGAGUGUGUCUCCUGUUGUCCUUUAAUUCAGUUUGUAUGUUAAGGGUGGACGAGAGCAGCGUUCCAGAGGGUAGGUUAGGAGUAGGCCUCGAGGAAGCUGGCCUGGGACCCCCCUGAAAGACGGCGCCAGCUCCACGUGGAAGCACCCCCGGCCGGGCCUGCAGACCCUGCGCUCAGGGUUUGGCUCCCUCCAGGCUGCGGCCUUUAGACCCACGGGGCCUCUGGCUCUCUGUGUGCCCACAUGGCCCGUGACCCGCCCAUCACCCGGGUCAUGGCUGAGCUUUACCGAGGUGGGGACAGCGUCAGCGAGGUCAGGGGGUAAAUUCCUCACUAGAGACCACCAAGGUGUCACUUCUUUUUAGAUCCAUUCGAGAUUCGAAAGAAGGUAAAUUUUGAUUUAAUGUGUUAAAAACACAAUGUUCCUAACAUGUAAAUAGAGUCCAAAUCAAGUGUGACUGCGAUUCCAAGUUAGUAUUUAAAAGUAGAGAAAUUGCACUUCCUGGAAGAAAUAAGAAAGUAGUUAGUUUAAUUAUUCUGUAAAUUAUUUAAUUUUGUCAGAAUGUAAGUAUUUAUAUUCACAACCUCUUAUGUUAACGUUUGCUAUUUAUUUAACAUUUUUAUUUAUUAAUUUUAUACUAUUUUACCUAGACCCCACACCAGGACACACGAGAGGGAAAUAAAUGAAAUCAAAGCGAAAUUAACGAUUUCACUAUGAGAUAGGCCACACACAAAAAAUCUUGCUAUAACUUCUAGUUAUGAUUUUAAUGCAACUGAGUUAUUUUUUAUAUAUUUUGUUAUUUAUUCUUUUAAUAACGGAAUUUUAAAAAAGUAUUUUGUAACAGGCAUUUUGAUAAUUUGGGGAUAUUUCCCCCUCGGUCCAAUGGAAAGAACGACUUUUUGGUUUUCUUCACCCCUUUUGGCUCCUUUUGUUUCAGGCGCGGACGACAGCAGACGGAAUUCUGUAUUUAUUGUUUAUUUAAGCGUAGUGCAGAUGUGUGUGCUCUGGCGUGUUUCUUGUGUCGCGUCUGUGUGCCGGUUCCUGAUGGCUGAGUCCUGUCGCUGCGAGGGGUGCUGGCCGCAGGCCGCCCUGAGCAGCCGCCCGCUCUAGGCUCCCGUCCCUCUGACAGCUCUGAUACUGUGAUUCUCCUUCCUCAGGAAACGUUGAACCCACAGCACAGCUCUUCUCAGUGUGUCUGCAGGGUGAUUU